CUAGCUUCGAUAAACUGUUUGUUCCACUCGGCUUUUAUCAAAUAUAAUGGUUUUGAAAUUGUAUUUUUUGCUUCUGGUAUUUUCAAUAAUCAACCGUAUUUCAGCAAUUAUUAUCUCUCAAGACAAUAUUGCUAGAUUGGUCAACACUACAUUAACAUACUACGCUGGUCGGCUGGAAAUGCUAACGGAUAGUAACCAAUGGUCCCCAAUCUGCCAAGCCAACUUCAACACACUGGUAGCCACAGUCGCGUGCAAGUCUUUCGGAUUUGUUAACGCGGAGUCAUUUGAAUUUGGAUAUGAAUUUUUUAAUUUAAACAAAACUGUCUUUGAGUGCACUGGUUUUGAAAGCGAGCUAAGCGAAUGUGUUUCGAAGAAAACACACGUUGAUAACUGCGCAUAUGUCACACUAACAUGCACGGCAAUACCACUAGAUGCAAGAUGUCUGCGGGUGCACCCGCACAACGAAACCUCGAAGGGUCCGCUUGAGAUACUGUUUGACAACGAAUGGAGAUACGUGUACGACGCGUCAUGGGGAGUUGCUGACGCGCAAGUAGCUUGUCGUCAACUUGGCUUCGGUGGUGUACUGAAUGCAAACAACGAAACACUCAGCACAAAUGACAUAGGCCUACUUGACGUAGUGACAGAUAAUUUUGAAUGUAGUGGAAUAGAGAAUUACUUGUACGAAUGUCUACACGACGACUGGAAUAUUAAAACUCCUCGAUCGUCAAGUGGUCGUGUGUUUCUAGAAUGCGUCCCAGUCUUUAUAGGCCAAAUUUAUCUGCGAGUUGCUGAGUCGACAGCGAAGACAAGUUACAGUGGCGUAGUCGAAAUUCUGUAUUCCAAUGAAUGGAAACCGGUUCUGAACACCGGCUGGAAUUUUACCAAUGGAAUUGUUACCUGCCGAAAUCUCGGCUUCAUUGGUAUUAUUAUUACAGAUCAGACGCCGAGCGAGUUUACAGGAGAACCAGCGUUUGAUUCUGUGAAAUGUCGAGGUGACGAGGAAUCGUUACUCGAGUGUGCACAUGGGGAAUGGUUGACGGAGGAAGGAGAAGAUGCUGCCGUCGUCAAUUUAACGUGUAUUCCUUUAUAUAAAUGUAGCGGCAUAGAAUACCGGUUAGAGGGUAAUUCGAUGUCGUCAUAUCAGGGUCGUCUUGAAUUGAAGUACAGUGUGGGGGAAGAUGUAUGGGGUAGCGUAUGCAACACAGCAGUUUCUAUGGAGACGGCUCAUAAAAUAUGUAGUCAACUUGGGUUCAUCCAAGGAGCCAUAAGCAUCUCGAAUAAUGCUACAUAUGGGAAAGGGACUGGGUAUAAUGUCCUACAGGAGCUGAAAUGCACGAAAGACGACGAGAGUUUGAUAGACUGUGAGUAUUCUGACGUAAUUGAUGAAGGAUGCCUCCAUUCCAAUGACGUUGGCGUAACAUGUGUUCCAAUGAGUGAAGAAGCAAAGCCGUUCAUGGAUGUUCAACUCGAAGGGAGUCAAAAUAGCUACGAAGGCAUACUUAAACUGAAAUACAGUGAUGGAUCAGGCUAUGGUAAUGUUUGCGGUCGAGGCUUCUCCAUGGAUGCAGCCGACGUCAUUUGUAAGGAACUGGAUUUUAUUUACGGAGCGUUCAGGUUGUUGCCGAACAUUACGCUCCGGGAACGUUCAUUAGGAAUUAUUUUGAUGAGUGACGUCAGAUGUACCGGCAACGAAUCAAAGUUAGUUUACUGUGACUACAGUUACCCUGGUAAUUGUACACAUGAAGAAGAUGUUGGCGUUAGUUGCAUUCCGAUAAGAGAUGAUUCAUAUAUUACUUUGACUGACGGAAAACCGGGAAUGUACGAAGGAAAAGUUUCAGUGAUAAGCGGGAAUGAUGUUGUCCAAGUAUGUCCUGAUAACUGGUCGUUGGACGAUUCCACUGUCGUCUGCUACGAGCUUGGCAAUUCUGGGGUGCUUUACUACGACCGAGAUCCGGAACAGGAUCAGAUUGAUAGCUCAACCUACCCGAUUCUAAGCUUUGAUUGUAUAGGCAAUGAAACAUCCCUACUGAACUGCCCAUUGAGGAUGCAAAAUAUAGGCGAGAAUUGUAUGUCGAGGAAAGGUGUACGAGUGGAAUGUGUACGUUAUCUACCUGGAUUUUUCAACUCGUCCACCAACACUACAGAUGUGUUAUUGAAUGUUGACAAUUUCCUGAAGAACACAAGUUUAGCUGGUAACUUAUCAUCUGGAAGCUUCGGAUACUUCGGUAAUUUAUCGUGCUACUUAUCCUAA